AUCAAGAACGAGCUUGUUGCUGGUAUGGCGGAGUUCGUCGGUACUGUCCUCUCUCUCAUGUUUGCCCUUGGAGGCUGUAAUGUUGCAAACGUGCCAGCGUCACCCAGUGGGAAUACUACUGUAAGUUCAUCAUCCGGCACAGAUACUGGCAUUCUACUCUAUAUCGCGCUUUGUUUCGGGUUCUCGCUGACAGUCAACGCAUGGGUCUUCUUCCGCAUUAGCGGGGGCCUGUUCAAUCCAGCAGUAUCCUUUGCACUCUGCCUAAUCGGCAGCAUCACGCCGCUGCGUAUGGUUUUGCUGACCAUUGCACAGUUUCUUGGUGGUAUUGCAGCUGCGGCAAUCGUUGAUGCGCUCUCACCCGGGGCUCUCAAUGUGUCUGUAUCUUUAUCGCAGGGAACUAGCACGGUUCAGGGUCUUUUCCUGGAGAUGUUCUUGACUAUCAUGCUUGUUUUCACUAUCAUCAUGUUGGCAGCUGAGAAGCACAAAGCUACAUUUGUGGCUCCUGUCGGCAUUGGCUUGUCGCUCUUCAUUGCACAUCUAUGGGGUCUCAAAUGGACAGGCUGUGGUGCCAACCCUGCGCGCGCAUUAGGACCGGCAGUGGUCAACACCCAGUUUGAGGGUUACUUUUGGAUCUAUUUUGCAGGCCCGUACAUGGGAGGCGCAGUAUCUGCCUUCUUCUACUGGGUUAACAAGCGACUCGAUUUUGAAGAGGUCAACCCAGAUCAAGAUGAUGACCCAACAAUGCGUGCUGAACUCAACCGCGUUCUUGAUGCACGAGAAGGGAAAGGCGAAUCGAGCACCGCCGAAUCUGGUAACAGACAGCGUUAG